ACAGCCUCCAAUGUCUGCUUCGAGGUGGAUGAUGUGCCAGGGCUCUGCAAGCGGCUGCAGAGCCAGGGAUGCUCCCUGCCGGUGCCCCCCACUGAGGUAAAGGAUGCUGGCGGCUCUGUCACCUAUGGGGUGGCAAGCUCCAUUGUGGGCAACGUCAGCCAUACCCUUCUGGACCGAUCCCGCUACCGGGGACCCUUCUUGCCCGGCUUCCAGCCCAUCCAAGGAGCCCCCUUAGACACAGGGGAUGGGAUUGAGAUCACCCACUUUGACCACAUCACAUACGUCUGCCCGCGGGGUGGUGCCCGGGCAGCUCUGGACUGGUACCAGCGCUGCUUUGGCUUCACCCUGACCCCGCAGGAGAGGCCGGCCGAGGGGUACGUGGUGGGCGGGCGGGGGGUGGGUAUGCUGCUCCUCGCGCUGCAGAGCACCCAGGGCGCCCUGGCACCUGGCUGCAAGUUUGUCCUUGCCGAGUCCCUCUCGGAGGAUGGUGCCAACCAAGUUGACACCUUCCUAGAGCAGCACGGUGGAGCUGGGAUCCAGCACGUUGGCCUCCACACUACCAAUAUCGUCGCCACGACCAGAGCUUUGCAGCAGGGGGGUGUGCGGUUCUUCACACCCCCCGCUGCCUAUUACAGCCAGGGGGGCAAAGCGGAAGAGAUCCGGGGGGCUGGGCAGGACCCCAGAACGCUGGCAGAGCUGGGCAUUCUGCUGGACACAACAGCGCCCGGGGACAAGGGCCGGCCAGGCACUGAUGCCACAGAGAACCCUUCCCAGGAGUAUUUGAUGCAGAUCUUCACCCAUCCCAUCUUCUCUGAGGAGACCUUCUUCCUGGAGCUCAUUGACCGGCGGGGAGCGCUGGGCUUCGGGGAAGGCAAUAUAGGAGCACUGUGGAAAGCUGUGCAGGUCUAUAUGGACCAGCAGCAAUAG